GUUUGCGUGAUAUACAGCCAUCAGUGACACGGGUAAUAAUCACAGGUCACUGUAAGUUCAGAUGGCUGAUUUAACACGGAGACAAAUGGACCAUUUCUGGUCGCAGCUGCCUGCCCGCGGAAUUACAGGGGGGGGGAUGAAUCAGAAGCCCUCCAGCAUUGAUUUUACCCUGGAUAGAAACAAUAAGCUAGCGUCUGCAAAAUUUGGCUUCGUGAAUGAGAAUAUUUUCUCUCGCCCGCUCGCUUUCUUUCUUUCUCUCCCAGUGGCAAUGUUGUGGCGUCACUGGGCACACGGACUGGCACGAUGCCCUACAGGAGAAAACCGUGCCAGACAGAUGCUGCCAGGAACACUACAGAGAGUGCGGUCGCAACGCCACAAACGUCUUUUGGUCACAGGGUUGCUACGAGAAGGUUGAGGAAUGGCUGAACGACAACAAACAUUUGCUGGGAACCAUCGCCAUGUGUGUGCUGGUCUUACAGCUUCUUGGAAUGGCCUUCUCCAUGACCUUAUACCAGCAGAUCCACAGAGCGGGAAAGAAGUACGACGCCUAGAAGUGUUACGAAACAAACUUCCAGAACACCACGUGUGUUUU